AUGAGAUUUUUAUUUUGUGGAGACAGCAAUUGCCCAGAAUGGUUUUUGGCUGAAUCAGCACUUCUGACAAAAAUUGCUUCUGUGAAGAUGAAAUUAGUGACCUAAUAUAUUCUAUAGAAUAUUGUCGAAGGUAUAGACACUUCAGCUAAGAUAUUUAAGAUGCUGGAAGGAUCUGGUUUUAAUCAAUAAGAAAUCAAUUCAACUAUUGCUUGCGUAUCAUUUAUCGUUGAAAACUCUGCCAAAUAUGAUGUUUCAGAAUAGAUAUUAAUAAAAGAGCUAAUUGAUUUGGGUCUGCCAAAAGAAAACUGUGAAUAAUUGAGCAAGACCUUUAAAUAAUACAAAGACAAAUUACAAUAGGUCUAUGAAAACUAAAUAAUAAAAAUUGGAAAGGCUGUAGAGUUUCAUUAUGGAAUUAGUAAAUUUAUAGUAUCAGAGAGUGUGGUCCCUCAAAAAUAAAUCGAGGGGAACAGAUAUAUAGAUACAAACAUAACGUUCCAGCAUGACAAUGGGAAACAAGAAUGUUGCCAAUUUGUUAUGUUUCCUGAAUAAUUUGAAGAUAUGCUCAAUAGUUUUAAGAAAGCAUAGAAACUAAUGAUGCAAUUGUGA